AUGGAAAAUCCCAAAUGGAAAAUCCCAAAUGGGAAAUUCCAAAUGGAAAAUUCCGGAUGGGAAAAUUCCAAAAUGGAAAAUCACAGAUGGAAAAUUCUGGGAUGGAAAAAAUCCAAAAGGAAAAAAAAAUCCCAAAUGGAAAAAUCCGGAUGGAAAAUUCCACAUGGAAAAAUCCCAAAAUGGAAAAUCCCAAAGGGAAAAUCCUGGAAAUCCCAAAAUGGAAAAUCCCAAAGUGGAAAAUUGUGGAAUUCCCAGAUGGAAAAUCCCAGAUGGAAAAUUCUGGGAUGGAAAAAAUCCAAAUGGAAAAAAAAAUCCCAAAUGGAAAAAUCCGGAUGGAAAAUUCCACAUGGAAAAAUCCCAAAAUGGAAAAUCCCAAAUGGAAAAUCCAGGAAAUCCCAAAAUGGAAAAUCCCAAAAUGGAAAAUCCCAAAACAGGAAAUCCCAAAUGGAAAAUCCCAAAUGGAAAAUCCAGGAAAUCCCAAAUGGAAAUUCCCAAAAUGGAAAAUUCCCAAAAUGGAAAAUCCAGGAAAUCCCAAAUGGAAAAUCCCAAAAUGGAAAAUCCCAAAUGGAAAAUCCCAAAUGGAAAAUCCCAAAUGGAAAAUCCAGGAAAUCCCCAAAUGGAAAAUCCCAAAAUGGAAAAUCCCCAAAUGGAAAAUCCCAAAUGGAAAAUCCCAAAAUGGAAAAUCCCAAAAUGGAAAAUCCCAAAUGGAAAAUCCCAGAAAUCCCCAAAUGGAAAUUCCCAAAAUGGAAAAUCCCAAAUGGAAAAUCCCAAAAUGGAAAAUCCCAAAUGGAAAAUCCAGGAAAUCCCCAAAUGGAAAAUCCCAAAAUGGAAAAUCCCAAAAUGGAAAAUCCCAAAUGGAAAAUCCAGGAAAUCCCAAAAUGGAAAAUCCCAAAUGGAAAAUCCCAAACGGAAAAUCCCAAAUGGAAAAUCCCAAAAUGGAAAAUCCCAAAAUCGAAAAUCCCAAAUGGAAAAUCCCAAAUGGAAAAUCCAGGAAAUCCCAAAUGGAAAAUCCCAAAAUGGAAAAUCCCCAAAUGGAAAAUCCCAAAUGGAAAAUCCCAAAUGGAAAAUCCCAAAAUGGAAAAUCCCAAAUGGAAAAUCCCAGAAAUCCCCAAAUGGAAAUUCCCAAAAUGGAAAAUCCCAAAUGGAAAAUCCCAAAAUGGAAAAUCCCAAAUGGAAAAUCCAGGAAAUCCCCAAAUGGAAAAUCCCCAAAUGGAAAAUCCCAAAUGGAAAAUCCCAAACGGAAAAUCCCAAAUGGAAAAUCCCAAAUGGAAAAUCCCAGAAAUCCCCAAAUGGAAAUUCCCAAAAUGGAAAAUCCCAAAUGGAAAAUCCCAAAAUGGAAAAUCCCAAAUGGAAAAUCCAGGAAAUCCCCAAAUGGAAAAUCCCCAAAUGGAAAAUCCCAAACGGAAAAUCCCAGAAAUCCCCAAAUGGAAAUUCCCAAAAUGGAAAAUCCCAAAAUGGAAAAUCCCAAAAUGGAAAAUCCCCAAAUGGAAAAUCCCAAAUGGAAAAUCCCAAAUGGAAAAUCCCAAAAUGGAAAAUCCCAAAAUGGAAAAUCCCAAAUGGAAAAUCCCAGAAAUCCCCAAAUGGAAAUUCCCAAAAUGGAAAAUCCCAAAUGGAAAAUCCCAAAAUGGAAAAUCCCAACUGGAAAAUCCAGGAAAUCCCCAAAUGGAAAAUCCCCAAAUGGAAAAUCCCAAACGGAAAAUCCCAAACGGAAAAUCCAGGAAAUCCCAAAUGGAAAAUCCCAAAAUGGAAAAUUCCCAAUGGAAAAUCCCAAAAUGGCAAAUCCCAAAUGGAAAAUCCCAACUGGAAAAUCCAGGAAAUCCCAAAUGGAAAAUCCCAAAAUGGAAAAUCCCAAAUGGAAAAUCCAGGAAAUCCCCAAUGGAAAAUCCCAAAAUGGCAAAUCCCAAAUGGAAAAUCCCAACUGGAAAAUCCAGGAAAUCCCAAAUGGAAAAUCCCAACUGGAAAAUCCAGGAAAUCCCAAAUGGAAAAUCCCCAAAUGGAAAAUCCCAAAUGGAAAAUCCCAAAAUGGAAAAUCCCAAAUGGAAAAUCCCAAAAUGGAAAAUCCCAAAUGGAAAAUCCCAGAAAUCCCCAAAUGGAAAUUCCCAAAAUGGAAAAUCCCAAAUGGAAAAUCCCAAAUGGAAAAUCCCAAAUGGAAAAUCCAGGAAAUCCCAAAUGGAAAAUCCCCAAAUGGAAAAUCCCAAAUGGAAAAUCCCAAACGGAAAAUCCCAAAUGGAAAAUCCCAAAUGGAAAAUCCCAGAAAUCCCCAAAUGGAAAUUCCCAAAAUGGAAAAUCCCAAAUGGAAAAUCCCCAAAUGGAAAAUCCCAAAUGGAAAAUCCCAAACGGAAAAUCCCAGAAAUCCCCAAAUGGAAAUUCCCAAAAUGGAAAAUCCCGAAAUGGAAAAUCCCAAAUGGAAAAUCCCAAAAUGGAAAAUCCCAAAUGGAAAAUCCCAGAAAUCCCCAAAUGGAAAUUCCCAAAAUGGAAAAUCCCAAAUGGAAAAUCCCAAAUGGAAAAUCCCAAAUGGAAAAUCCAGGAAAUCCCCAAAUGGAAAAUCCCCAAAUGGAAAUUCCCAAACGGAAAAUCCCAAAUGGAAAAUCCCAAAUGGAAAAUCCCAAAAUGGCAAAUCCCAAAUGGAAAAUCCCAAAUGGAAAAUCCCAAAAUGGCAAAUCCCAAAAUGGAAAAUCCCAAAUGGAAAAUCCCUGAAAUCCCCAAAUGGAAAAUCCCAAACGGAAAAUCCCAAAAUGGAAAAUCCCAAAUGGAAAAUCCCAAAUGGAAAAUCCCUGAAAUCCCCAAAUGGAAAAUCCAGGAAAUCCCAAAUGGAAAAUCCCAAAAUGGAAAAUCCCAAAAUGGAAAAUCCCAAAAUGGAAAAUCCCUGAAAUCCCCAAAUGGAAAAUCCAGGAAAUCCCAAAUGGAAAAUCCCAAAAUGGAAAAUCCCAAAUGGAAAAUCCAGGAAAUCCCAAAUGGAAAAUCCCAAAAUGGAAAAUCCCAAAAUGGAAAAUCCCAAAAUGGCAAAUCCCAAAUGGAAAAUCCCAAAAUGGAAAAUCCCAGAAAUCCCCAAAUGGAAAAUCCCCAAAUGGAAAAUCCCAAAUGGAAAAUCCCAAAAUGGAAAAUCCCAAAUGGAAAAUCCAGGAAAUCCCCAAAUGGAAAAUCCCAAAAUGGAAAAUCCAGGAAAUCCCAAAAUGGAAAAUCCCAAAGUGGCAAAUCCCAAAUGGAAAAUCCCAACUGGAAAAUCCAGGAAAUCCCAAAUGGAAAAUCCCAAAAUGGAAAAUUCCCAAAUGGAAAAUCCCAACUGGAAAAUCCCGGAAUUCCCGGCUGCAAAAUCCGGGACGGAGAAUUCCUGGAAUUCCUGGCGAGCUCCCGGCCCCUUGGAAUGGGAUUUUUUUUUUUUUUUUGGGGUGAAAAUCCAGAAUUUUUGGGACAAAUCCAUGCUCAGGCUGCUCCGCAUGGACUCGGAACGACGGAAAAUCGGGAAAUUUGGGAUUUUUUCCCGUGAUUUUGGGAUGAUUUUCUGCCCUUUUUGGGCCGUUCCCACCUGGAAGCAUUCCCGGAUUUUCAGCUUUUUUUUUUUUUUUGGUGGAUCCCAAAAAAUUCCCAGGGGGGGGAAAAAAAAAAACAACAAAAAAAAAACGGGAGAAGAGGAAAUUUGGAGGAUUUUUGGGAUCUUCACAUUCCUGGGAUCCAACUGGAUUUGGGAUUGGGGGGGGGGCGGGGAAAAGUCGGGAAUUCCCAGCAGCAAAAGUGGAAUAUUCCCAAAAAAAAAAAAGGAAUUCCGGAAUUCCCAGGGUUUGUUUUUCCCUGGAAUUCUGCGGGUUUUUUCCCAAAAUUCCAGGUAUUUUCACCAAAAUUCCAACUCUCUUCCCAAAAAUCCGUGGGGUUUUUUGGCCCAAAAUCGUGGUUUUUUUUCCCCAAAAUUCCGGGGUUUUCCCCCAAAAUUCAGUUUUUUUUUCCCCAAUAAAUGCCGAGAUCAGCGCUGCG